AUGCCUUUAAAAGGACACCGUGACUGGGGACGUAUACAUGUUGAUGAUACACUAGGAAAUAAUCAAGGCAAUUUUCGUGAAAUUAUUCGUUAUAGAGCACAGGGAGACGAUGUAUUAAGGUCAGUUUUAGAAAGUGAAAAAACAAUAAAAUACCUAAGUAACACGAGCCAAAACGCCAUCAUAGAUUCUUGCAACUCGGUUUUACUCAGUAAAGUUGUAGCAUCGGUAAAUAAGGCAAAAUGUUUCGCAGUACUUGCUGACGAGACAUCUGAUAUUUCCGGAGUAGAACAAGUUUCUUUAUGCGUCAGAUAUGUUGACUUGGACAAAUUAGAACUCCAUGAAGAUUUUCUACAAUUUAUUCCAACGAAUGAUACUACGGGAAAAGCACUAGCAAAUUUAAUUUUAGAAAAUCUUAACAAUCCCACGAAAAAAACACUAAAGCGUUGUUGUGAAACUCGAUGGAUCGAAAGGUAUCACUCAGUAAAUGAUUUUUUAGAACUCUAUGGUUUUGUUAUAGAGUCUUUAGAUGAUAUUUCAACGUGGGAAGACAGUGAUACAAGUGGAAAAGCAGAGUUUUUAACAAAAGGAUUUGGAUUUGGAUUACCGUUAUCGAAACAGCUUCAAAAAAUUAAUAUAGAUUUAAGAUUAGCUGUGAAGUUAGCUCAUGAGACAUAUCAGGAAAUACAAGCUUAUAGAAAUGAUGCAGAAAACAAAUUUAAAAAAAUUUUUAAAGAAGCCUCUAAGAUUGCUGAUAAUUUUCAAGUUGAAAUAAAGAUUCCAAGAACGUCAAAAGAAUUAGAUGAUGAUUUUAUGACAUUAGUCAAUCAUUACCAAGAUGAUCUGGAAAAUGGAAAUCCUGCAAUUUUAUUGGCUGAAUACAAAUUGUGGCAAAGGUGUUUAAAAAAUUUGAGUGAAGAGCAAACUAAUGCACUUCAAGCUUUAUCACUUUGUAAUAGUGAUAUUUAUCCUAAUAUAUACAAACUGCUUCAAAUACUAGCCACAUUACCAGUUUCAACUUCAUCUAAUGAACGUACUUUUUCAAAUCUUAAGAGAAUCAAAACCUACUUGAGAAACACGAUUGGAGAAAAAAGAUUAAAUGGUCUAGCUAUGAUGUGUAUUCAUAAAGAUUUGAAAUUAGCAGCUGACGAAAGUUUUGGACGAAUUAAUAAAAAAAAAACGAAAAUUGAUUUUGUAUUGUAA